AUGCUCCGUGUGGCUGUGACCGUUGGGGUCCUGCUGGCUCUGCUGGGUGGCACAGCCACCCUCUGCUGCGGUGAGCCACAGGACCUGAUCUCCAUGUUGCUGCGAGAGAUGGAGGCGGCCAUCGAGAUGCCCCCACACCCCGCGUUCCUGCUGGCCAUGAACUUGGCUGGGGACAAUAAAAGUGACAUCCAUAACAAGGUGCUGCAGUACAUAAAGGAGGAGGCUGUGGAGAAAGCCCAAGAUAUGGCCUCGGGGAGGGUGGCUCUGGACGUGCUUGCCCUCGUCUCCUCCUGUGUGGACCCCAGGCACGUUGAAGCCAAAGGGAAAAGCAUCGACCUGGUCAGCGUCCUGCAGAAGAAAACAGAUGAGGAGGUGGCCAGCAUCUUGACCAGUGGUGUCCCAAAGACCACGCUCUUCAGUGUCAGCCUGGAUGCCCUGGCCCUGUGCCUGGUGCAGGCUGGUGGCUACGAAUCAGCAGCUGUGGCCCUGGCCGGGCAGGUGCUGGACCCCAAGAAAACAAUCGAUGUGGAUACCCGUGCCAUGGCGGUGCAGGCGCUGGUGUGCGCCUACGGCCACGCGGACCUCCAGAGCGUCCAGGACCUGCUCUGGAAGGCAGUGUCCAACGUCACCAACGACCUCCUCGACGAGCAGGAGAGGAGGGGUGGCCUGAUAGGCAACAUCUACAGCAUGGGGGUGGCCCUGCAGGCACUGGAGACCUCCAGCAAGUUUUAUGCCCCGCGGCAGUGGAACUGUGCCCAAGCCUUCGCCGUGGUGCACAGACAUGACUACCAGCAGCCCAUGGCCAUUGCCCAGGUCCUGCCUGCCCUCGUGGACAAACCCUACCUGCAGGCAGCCAGCGUGGAGUGCCCUGCCAACACCACAGCGUCCCCAGACCAAGGCUUCUCCCCGCCCCCAAGCCUGGAGACAACCAAAGAGCACGAAGCCACCAUCGAGGUGCACUACCGCAUCUUGAACACACUGAUUGGCAACCACUUCAACAACUGCAUCUCAGUGGAGGUCCCAGCUGGCUCUGUGCUGCUCAAGGUGCUGGAGGCUGCAGAGAAGAAGGAACCUGACACCUUUAGCUUCAAGACAGAGGAGACGUUCUGGGGCCCCAUGGUGGUCUCCAUCCAUGGGCUGGCUGCCAACCCACGGGACAGGACCUACUGGGAGUUCCUCAGUGGCAAGGAUGCACUGAAGGAAGGGGUUGGCACCUACAAGCCCCACAACAUGGAGCACAUCCUGGCCAACUUCACCACCUACUGAAGACACCAAGGCACCCCUGGCCC